AUGGCGUCAAGGAACAUCGACCCUUUGUCAGCGGAGGAGCCUUCAGAAGGCAGAGAAGAGGAGAGAGGAGCAGGAGGAGAGUGGAGCUGGGAGUCUCAGGUCCCAGUGAAGGUGUUGCAAGCUCACAGCGAUGCUGUGACCACAGCUCGAGUCUGCUGCGACAAUCGCUGCAUCCUGAGCUGCUCCUCAGACUGCACCGCUGUCCUCUGGGAUGUGGAGAGCUGUCAGCCUCUGAGGACGUUUGAUGGAGUUCACAGUAAAGCCAUCACUGAGUGUGCUCUGAUCCCAAACAGCAACAGGAUGGUCACAGUGUCCUGGGAUAAGAAGAUGGUGGCCUGGGACCUCGAGACCGGACUCACUCUGUGGAAAUCGAGGCAGCCCGGCCUGCUGACCUCCUGCAGCUCCUCGUCUGACGGCCGGCUGGUCGUUUGCGCUGUAAAUCCUCAGAAUGGCAUUUCCAUCUGCGACGCCGCCAGCGGACAGAUGCUGCACCACAUCAGCGAUCUUCACCGCUCCUUCAUCACUCGAUGUCGGUUCGAUCCUCAGAGCCAGCGAGUGGCCACCGUCUCUGCAGACCGCAGCAUCAAACUGUGGGACCUGCGGGCGCAGAAAACCACCGUGUCCAUCGACAGUAACCAUGGAAACGUCGUCUCAGCCUGCUGCUUCACCAGCAACGGGCACUUCCUGUGCACGGCGUCGUGGGACAAGACGCUGAAGCUGUGGGACCUGCAGGCGGGGGGGUUCCGAUCUCACGGCGGGACGCCGCUGCAGGGAGGCCACGAAGGCAGCGUGAGUGCCUGCUGCAUCGCCGCUGCUGACGCGAACCUCCUGGUGUCCGCCUCCUACGACAGGACUGUUGCUCUCUGGGAUUUGUCGUCUCUCUGUCAGACUCUCGUGCUGAAGGGCCACAGUGAUUGGGUGACAGAUGUGUCAGUGAGUGCUGACAGGAAGUUGGUGGCUUCUUCCUCCAAGGACGGGACUGUUCGGCUGUGGGACAUAGAGAACAUGGAAGAAAUCCCAGAAGUCAUGAAGAAGAGGAACGCUGAGGGAGCGGGAAUUCACAUCCUCAAGUGUGAAGAGUGUGGAAAGCCAUUCCCAGUGUCCAGACUGUUGACCUCAGAGCUGCUCACGCAGUGCGUCUUCUGUCGCCUCAAAUCACCACCCAGAUACCGACCGCAGCCGCCACCGCUUACAUGACUUCCUGUGCGGGAGGUCGGAGAAAUCGAGUCUGCGAUGACGUCUGCAGUGAGUCUUCGCCC